GUUCCGAACGCCAUUUCUCUCAGCAUAUCAGCACCGCCGCUGACAUGACCAUCUCUGGCACCCCCUCGCUAUUCACGCCCAUUCGCGUCGGCGAGCUUGACUUGAAGCAUCGCAUCGUUCUCGCUCCUCUCACGCGUUUUCGAGGGUACGAUGACCACGUUCCUGGCCCGCAAACCGCAACAUACUAUUCACAGCGGGGCAGCACGCCAGGAACACUGCUCAUCACGGAGGCAACCUUCAUUGCUAGCAAAGCCGGCGGAUAUCCUAAUGUCCCCGGAAUCUAUACUGAUGCGCAGAUCAAGGGGUGGAGGGAGGUCACCGACGCUGUUCAUAUGAAGGGCUCUUACAUCUUUUGCCAGCUUUGGGCGCUCGGCCGCGCCGCUGACCCCGAGUUCGUUGUGUCCAAGGGGAAUGAGCACGUCGGCGCUUCUGCUAUCCCACUUCAAGAACACUUGGACGCAGGUCACAACAAACCCCCACGUGCGCUGACGAUACCCGAAAUCAAGGAGUACGUUCAACUUUACGCGACUACCGCACAGAACGCGAUCGAGGCAGGCUUCGACGGAGUAGAGAUCCACGGCGCGAACGGGUAUCUCAUCGACCAGUUCCUGCAGGAUGUCAGCAAUGACCGCACGGAUGAGUACGGCGGGAGUAUCGAGAAUAGGACGCGCUUUGCGUUGGAGGUCGUUGAUGCUGUCGUUACAGCAGUCGGUGCGUCCAAGGUGGGGAUUCGCAUGAGCCCCUGGAGCGAGUUCCAAGAUAUGAGGAUGGCCGACCCAAUCACGACGUUCUCGUACUACGUGAACAAGAUCAAAGAACGCAACCUUUGCUACAUCCACGCUGUCGAGCCACGCAUCAAGGGCUCUGAAACGGCCAUUAAAGAAACGGGAAUCGAGUCUAAUGAUUUCCUUCGUGAGAUCUGGGUUGACCGUCCAUUCAUCGCCGCAGGCGGCUUUACCCGGCCCAAGGCGUUUGAGACUGCUGAGCAGAAGGGCGGGCUCGUUGCAUUUGGGAGACUUUUCAUCGCGAACCCGGAUCUACCCCGUCGCUUGAAGGAGGACAUCCAAUUGACCGCCCCAAUUAGAGCCAAAUUUUACUUGGUUGGCAAUCAUACGCCCGAAGGCUACACGGAUUGGCCGUUUGCCAGCGACAAUUGAAUGGUCUGCUCUGUUUUUCGUGUACUGAUAUGGAUGAAGACAGUUAUAAGUACUGUAAACGAACGGAAAAAUGAUAUCGCUGAUUUGAAUCGCAUGUAUUCGAAUUCUAGCUGUAGUAAAUAUAGGCACACAGGGAUAUGGCAUCACAUGAACCAGCUGGCUGUAAAUACGGUGUGCUCCUAUUCUCACUGACUUAGGGCCGGGAACCUCUCAAUCUUCGUAACCGUAGUAACCGUAGAUGAACUUGCUGUAUUCGAUGUUGCAGAAGUAAAGAUCAAUGUCCCGUUUUCUGGGACAAUAUCCAGGCAGUGAAUCUCGAUGGUUGGGUGCUGACCUGGACCGUCAAUGUGUACGGCGGGAGAUUUCUUUGGUAAAAUGCACGGGCGCUGACUACCACAUGCCUCGCAAGGUUGCAGAGCCGCCCCAGAUUCAAUGAAGCUAGGGGCUGGUGUGGGCUCAUCAAUUCGAAGAGCCGUCCAUUCUUGUCCGGCCUGUCCAACGGAUGCCAGCUUCAACAAGGGCUUUGGGACUUCAAGACUGCUUAGUGUUAUCGCCAAGGGGCUAUUUGGCCACAUAAUCCGAACCGUAGGUUCCUCUUUGUCUCUUUGAACCCUUUCCACGCUCCAGCUAACGGGGUAUGGCGUUGCAAUUACCUGAGCGUUCAUCUGCACCGUCUCACAGGUAAGAUACGUCCCCGAAAGUACGGAUUUGAUGGAAUUUCCAGCUCCAAAUGGAAAGAAUUCCCAUUUUUGGUUGUCCCCAUGGUGUGCAUCGUACGCUAUAACCGUUUUGUUAUCGCGUGCAGCCAGAUCCAUGGUCUUUGUUCCCUCAAACUGGAAAAGUCUAUAGAUUCCUGCGCGCAUCGCGCCACUAGUAUUCUCCGUGUUGCAGAUAUCUGAGCAAGACGCUGUUGGCUGUAGUUGGACGCUCGAAUGAUACUCCUCGAUGAUGGUGGCCUCGCCAG